CCUUGGAGUACUAAUCUCUGCAAAGCCUAAAAUCAAAGUCUCUCUUCUCUUGUAUAAUAGUAAUUCCUGGUUAAAGAAAAAACAGAGCUCCGGUACGGUCCGGCAAAAUCUGCCAUAUUCCGAUUAGAUAGCUAGCGUUGUUAACCUCGAUCCGAAUAAUAAUAUGUCGUCGUCGUCUUCAAACGGCGGCGACACUGAAACACCAAAAUGGUUGUACGACGUUUUCUUGAGCUUCAGAGGCGAAGACACUCGCAAGGGUUUCGUGGAUCACCUCUACGCCACUCUGCACGAGAAAGGGAUCCACACCUUCAGAGACGACGAGGAGCUGAAGAGGGGAAAGUCAAUUUCGCCGGAGCUCGACAACGCAAUUAAGGGGUCCAAGUUCGUAGUGGUUAUCUUCUCCCCAAAUUAUGCCAACUCUAGCUGGUGUCUGGGCGAGCUUGUGAAAGCGGUGGAGUACGCGGAGAAGCAGAAGCCGGCGAAGACGCUGCUCCCGGUGUUCUACGGCGUCGACCCCUCCGACGUAAGAAAACAGCGAGGAACUUACAAAGAGGCUUUUGACAAACACAUAGAAGCCAAGUUCCCGGAAGAGGAGAUCGAGAAGUGGAGAAAUGCUUUGUUUACAGUGGCAAAUACAUCUGGCUUUGACGUCAAUAAUAUGGAGGAUGGGCAUGAAUCAAGAUGCAUUAGAGAUAUUGCCGUUAAAAUCUUGAACCAAUUGGGAAGUAGGUUCUCGGUAAGUGCGGAUACGAUUGGAAUAGAGCCCCAGGUGGAGAAUGUGAUGUCGCUGUUAACCACAGGGCCCGACGACGAUGUGCGCAUAAUCGGAAUUUGGGGCAUGGGAGGGAUUGGGAAAUCCACCAUUGCCAGAGCUGUGUUUAACCAAAUCUGCCAAAGCUUCGAAGGCAGCUGCUAUCUGGACAGCGUCCGAGAAGUAUCGGCGAAAACAGGGCUAGAUUCUCUGCAGGAGAAAUUGCUCUCGGAGACUCUGAAAGAAGGCAGGGAGAAGCUCCACACCGGCAUCGAUUUGCUAAUGGCGAGGUUGAGCCACAAGAAAGUGCUGAUCGUUCUCGACGAUGUGGAUAAAGAUGAACAGCUGGAGAAAUUAGCUCCAGAUUACAACCGGUUCGGUAAGGGGAGCAGAAUCAUCAUAACAACGAGGAACAGUCAAUUGCUAUUGGCUCACGGAAUUAAUCCGAUCUACGAUGUUAAUCUCUUGGGAGCUGAAACGGCGUCGAAGCUCUUCAAUAAAUUCGCCUUCAAGGAUGGCUCUCCAACUGAAGAAUUCAAAGAGGUUUCUCUCCAAGUUGUGAAUUACGCAGGCGGACUCCCUCUGGCGAUCAAAGUUUUAGGAUCUUUCCUCCAUGGAAGAGAGAAGAACGAAUGGGAAAGCGAACUCGAAAGAUUGAAAGCGAUCCCGCGUGACGAUAUCAUAGGCAAACUCAAACUCAGUUUCGAUGCACUUCACGAUCUGGAAAAGGAGAUAUUCCUGGAUAUUGCUUGUUUCUACAAGGGAAAGAGGACGCAGGAUGUUUGGAGAAAGCUGAAUAGUUUUGGUUUCCAGCCUGAUAUUGGAGUGAAGGUUCUGAUUCAAAAAUCGCUGUUGUAUGUAUCAGAUGAAAAGUUCCAGAUGCAUGAUUUAGUGCAAGAAAUGGCUUGGUACAUUGUCCGCAAAGACCACUCUAGAGAGCCAUGGAAGUUCAGCAGGCUAUGGAUUCCUGAAGAUAUUUGUGAAGUAUUGAGCAAAGAAUCGGGUACAGAGACAAUUGAGAGCAUAGUUUUAGACUUUCCUCAGAGAACAAAAGUGAAAAUUAAUGCACGAGCCUUUGUGCAUAUGGAUAGACUACGGCAACUGGAGAUCCAUAACGCAAAGCAGAGUUUAAUGAGCAAAGGUCCAAGUUUUCUGCCACAGGAAUUACAGUGGCUCAGUUGGCACAAGUACCGCUCAGAGUUCCUUCCUGAAAGUUUUCAAGGGGAAAAACUUGUUGGCUUGGAACUCUGCCGUAGCAGCAUUACAAAACUAUGGCAAGAAGAUAAGUAUCUUGAUAAGUUGAAGUACCUCAACCUUAGCUACUCAGAUAAGCUGAUUUGCACUCCAGACUUCAGUAAAAUUCCAAAUCUUGAAAGACUUGAUCUCAGCAACUGUACUAGUUUGGCAACGGUUCAUGAAUCCAUUGGAGCUCUCAAGAAGCUUGUGUAUUUAAAUUUAUCUCACUGUGUAGAGGUAAAGAGUCUUCCCAGUACUAUCCACUUGGAGUCCCUGGAAACACUUCUUCUUUGGGAGUGCACAAAGCUUGAGAAUUUCCCAGAAAUUGUUGGGUCAAUGCCAAAGUUGUCUGAGCUUCACUUGGAAGGGACUGCAAUAGAGGAGCUACCAUCAUCAAUCAUAAAUCUAAGUAAUCUGGUCUUGAUCAACUUAAGUAACUGCACUAACCUCAGCAGUCUCACCUACAGCAUUUGCGGUUUGAAAUGCCUCAAGACUCUUAACCUUCGUCGCUGCUCAUCGCUUGAAAAAUUGCCAGAAACGCUCGGCCAAGUGGAUUCUUUGGAGGAGCUUCUGGUGGAUGGAACAGCUAUUACUCAGCUCCCACCUUCCACUACACUCAUGAAAAAUUUGAAAGUUUUGUCCUUGGGGAGCCAUGUUAAGGCAAAGGGUAAGAAGACAAAGGGGAAAAAAUCUGACUCACAAACUUGGGGCAUCAAGGCACUUUCUAUUGGCAAUGUUUUGCCCAUUCCAAAACUAAGCCUCACUAACAAAAAAGACCCCGAACCACCCAUUCGACCUUCUUUAACCGGGCUGUCUUCACUCCGGAAAUUGGACCUUAGCUAUUACAACAAGUUGGAAGAGAUUGCCUCGGAUAUUAGUUGCUUGUUCACUUUGGAAGAGUUAAAUCUGAGUGGAAAUGAGUUUGAAGAUUUCCCUACGACAAUAUCUAGACUCAAUCGACUCAAGAUCCUGAAAUUAGAGAAGUGCACAAAUCUUGUUUCUCUGCCUGAUCUUCCAUUGAAUAUAGCUUUGAUAGAUGCAGAUGAGUGCGAAUCAUUGCAGAGUGUGGCAAACCUAUCAGCAGAGCAUGCAAACUUGUGGAAGGUGUCACUUUUCGGUUGCUCCAAACUAUGCGAAGCAAAUAAAAACACUGCUGACUUGUUACUCAACUCUCUACUCCAGGGAAAUUCUACUAGAAACAGGCGAUUCAGCAUCCUCAUUCCUGGAGGCAAGAUUCCAGAGUGGUUUAGUGAUCAAAAAAUGGGCCGUUCUGUAUCAAUUCCGUUACCUCCAGAUUGGCAUGCUAAUUUCGUUGGAUUUGCAAUAUCAGUUGUGCUUGAUCCCAUGGCGCAAAACUCAAGAAUUGGAAUCACAUUCAAAUUGAUCAGCCAAAAUCACAGAGAGUAUACAACUGAUAGUAUCUCUUCUGCCACUAUGACAGGUGAGAUUUGUGAGUCUGGUCAUGUUUGGAUGGGAUUUUUAUCAUUCCGUCUUUUCCAGCUUCUAUUCCCAGACAUAGGAGUUGAUGAUUGGACCAAAAUCUUUGGGUGCCUCACUAUUUCUGUAAGGAAUGAGCCAUGGAACAAGCCAAAAAGGUGUGGGAUUCGCCUGGUGUACAAGGAAGAUAUAGUUAAGGAAACAAAAACUGUAAGUACCAAGGACAAUGAGCAAUCAGGAAACCUUGCCCUUGUGGUUUACACUGGAAAACCAGGAGGAACCGAAAAAACAAAAGAAGACGAAGAGGAUAUAUCUGUUCUUACAUCUGGUGUUAAUGAAUUGGGAUGGGAGGUUGACCCUAUUGAGGAUGAUGUCACACAGUUAGACAAUUUAAGAAGACAUCUGCCUUUCAAGAUUCAGAAGACUAUUUCAUUUGAUUGCUAGCUAUCUUUUGGCUCAACCUAAAUAAAGUUGUUUAUGCAGCAACUCGGGUAUUUGCAGAUACUGGUUUGGUCUUUUUCUGCAAAUCUGCAAUUGGUAUUGGACAGCAAGUUUGUUUCACUUUGAUGGUAAUAUAAUACUGUUCUUGGGUGUGAUUUUGUAUUCUACAUUCAUGCUUGGGUAAAAUUGUGUUGUGUUCUUAUGCAGCAGCUCAAGUUUGCUUACUUUAUGACUUUUAUGAUUUGGUAUGUGAAAGGUGUGUUAAAGCGUCCUAGAUUGGUAUCUAUAUGGUCUUUGUAUUUGAUGGUUUGUAUUGGUACUGUACUGUUGCAUAACUUUAUAUAUGAAUAAUAUCAUUGUGUGUUCCUUUAU